CAUGCUGAGAUCUUAAAUACAGGGUUGUUUUUUACACUUGAGCACAGACAUGGAGACGAUGGGACACUCUAAGAAAUGCCCUGAUCUGAAAACCUACUACAAAAGGGAGACUUCAACAUGCGAGUUUUGUUCUUUAAGGCCAGGAUUCGAAGUCACCGAUAACUGUGGCCUUGAUGAUGUAGGAGGAAGACAUGAGUUCCACUUCAGAGAGUGUAAAGCCAACUUUACAUUUAAUGAUGGCAGCGGUGCUUAUUGUAAAAACUGUUCCUCAUGUCCGCCUGGGGAAAACAUCUGGAGUCCGUGCAGCACAACUGCUGACACAACAUGCCAACCUUCAGGAAGCACGACCGCAGUUCCUGUUCCUGUCACAGUGAGUAUGGAUGGUCGUAAAUAUACAUCCAUGAUCCCAACAUCAACUUUUCUCAGCAACUCAAAAAAGUCUCUGACAGACAAACAAUCUGGAUCAAAAAAUGAUUAUGUAGGCCUACAAUGGACUGUUCCGUUAGUCAUCCUAAUUUCCAUCAUGGUUGCUGGGAUAUGUGCUUUUUUAAUCUACAAGAAGCGGAAAAGAGGGUUUAACGCAGGUCAGAAGACAGUGUUGAGUUACAGCAGAAGAUCCUCAUACAUCAACGCAGGGUUCUCUCCCCUGUCUGCUCUGCCUGGUAACAAUGAUCUGGAGCACAUUCUGAGUCCCAACAUCCUGUCAGCACCUUUACAGACAGUGCUGGACAACCUGGAUGUUUUGGAGGAGCUGGUGAUUUUGUUGGAUCCAGAAAGCCAGGGAGUGAAGAACACCAAACAUCUGGCGUCUCAUUGCUCCUUCACCGCCACCUGGAUCACUUAUACCUACUCUAUGAAGGAGAGUAAGAGCCCUCUGAAAGCCGUGUUGGAGGGGGUCACCAGCAGGAACCCCGACUGGACGGUAGGGCACCUGGCUAAGCUGCUCAGACACAUGGAGCGCAAUGACGCCAUCGCUGUUCUCUCCAAACUCGGACUGAAUGUGAUACAGGUGUAACAUGCAUUCAUAAAUCUGACUGUCAAAAGCCUUAAACUCCAGGGUUAGGACUGCAGAUGUUUGCCUUUCUCUGAUCAUUUCUGUAAGAUUCACACUGAUGUUUAACCAAUUCCAAAAUGAAACAGUGGAAAAGGAGGCUUCCUGAACAGAUCAGUAGUAACACAAGGAAAAAUGUAGGGAGAGAAAUGCGAUGUAGAGGAGAAAAAAGGUGCACUCCAUCAACAUUGUGUUUAGUAAACUGGUCACGGGAAGUACUACUCAGCUCGUGAAAAGAGCUGUAUAAUGGUCCUCUGUGGCUUUGGAGGGAGGGACUUUUUUGUUGCAUUCUGGGAAUUUUCAAGGGCAUUUUAAAGAGCAGUUGUUCCCAACCUUUUUCAACCCCUUUUCUAUCAUUGAAUAAUCUGAAUAAUCUGACAAACCGAACGAUUUGGAUGAAUUUUCAGCAGAUUAUUUUCUGUAAAUAUUGCAUUAGAGAUGAGUUUUCCUGUUAUUUUUAGUAACUUUUUUUAUAUUAUUUUUUUGUGUGCGAAUUUAUAACAAUCAUUUAAACUUAAUAGGCUUUUUUUUGGUCAAAUUCAGUGUUUUCUUCUCCCUGACAUUCGGGCAUUGUUCUUUUAGUGCUUUGGUUGUUUUAACUGCAUACUUUUCUAAGUUUUAAGUGUAUAUCUUAAAUAAUAAUCCAAACUUUUUGGUUUUAUUCACAGAAAUGAAUGAAAUACUGAUAUAUAGGCCAACUGUAUAUAUAUAUAUAUAUAUUUUUUAAGUUGUUUUACACCCCUUAAAAUCAAGGCUGCAGUGAAGCUUUGGCGACCUCUAGUGGGGGUCGGGACCCUCAGGUUGGGAACCAGUGAUAUAGAGCAUAAAUUUCACUCAGAAUUCAGACACUGAAAUAAAACCAUAUAGUAAAUAGGGAGUGAUUUCAGACAGCUAUGGACAUUUAUCAGGCAGAAGUGAUGAAUGAAAGAUAUUAAGUUGCAUUAUGGGAGAGCGUAGCAUCCAGUGUUCUUGGGGCUUGACUAAAGACUAAAAGUCAGGAUAUCUCCGCCUCUGCUGCUUCAAUUUUGACCACUCUUUUCUCGAUUUGUUUCUUGUGAGAACCCCGAUGUUUUCCAAAUGUGCAAUACUAAAGUAACACAAAGGAUUAAACUGGCAGCUCCUCUGCUUUGCAAUCCCUUUCAAGCUUGGUGCUCUUCUCUGGGCAGCACCAGGAGGUUUAUACGGACAUGUCUGACAGAACAAGACUGGCUGCAGACCCAACCCGUUUUUUGUGCCUUGUCGCCAGCGCAAAAGCAUAAAAAGUUGUAAUAAUACGAGAAUAAAGUCCAUUCGAACACUUAGUUAUAGUAAACAGAUGAGAGCUCAGCAGGCUCUAUGACUGCGAAAGUCUGCUGUGCAUUACAUUAUCGCUCUGUUGAUAUCUCAUUCAGUCCGAGACAGUGACAUCACCAACCCGCAGACUAUGACUUCAUCCUCGAAAUAACACCACUUUUUUUCUUGUAAUAAUGUAAUUUUUUCUAACUGUGUUCCUAAUACUCUGUCAUACAUAAAGUGUAUUGCUUCACAUGAUAA